CUUUUAAAGUCAGUGGGUACCGUAGUUUAAUGCAUGUAAAGAAAUAACACGCUAUUUGUUAUUUUUUAUAGAGUGGUAAGGCGAUAUUUUGUGUCUCUGGAUUGGUUCUGAGGCGGGGCAGGUUGGCGGACGAGUUGAAGGUUACAUAUAGAGCGGAAGUGCUAAGCACUUCCUUUUCCUAUAGGAGCCGCCGGGUUGAGAGGAGCGUGGCCCUCUCCUCUCCCCGCGAUGGCGUGUGCUCGUCCAUUAAUAUCUGUGUACUCCGAAAAGGGGGAAUCAUCUGGCAAAAAUGUUACUUUGCCUGCUGUGUUCAAGGCUCCCAUUCGACCUGAUAUCGUGAACUUUGUUCACACCAACUUGCGCAAAAACAACAGACAGCCAUAUGCGGUCAGUGAAUUAGCAGGUCAUCAAACCAGUGCUGAGUCUUGGGGUACUGGCAGAGCUGUGGCUCGAAUUCCCAGAGUUCGAGGCGGAGGGACUCACCGUUCUGGCCAGGGUGCUUUUGGAAAUAUGUGUCGUGGGGGCCGCAUGUUUGCACCAACCAAAACCUGGCGCCGUUGGCAUCGCAGAGUGAACACAACACAGAAGCGAUAUGCCAUCUGCUCUGCCCUGGCUGCCUCAGCCUUACCUGCACUGGUCAUGUCUAAAGGUCAUCGUAUUGAGGAAGUUCCUGAACUUCCUUUGGUGGUUGAAGAUAAAGUUGAAGGCUACAAGAAGACCAAGGAGGCUGUUCUGCUUCUUAAGAAACUUAAAGCCUGGAAUGAUAUCAAAAAGGUCUAUGCCUCUCAGCGAAUGAGAGCUGGCAAGGGCAAAAUGAGAAACCGUCGUCGUAUCCAGCGCAGGGGACCCUGCAUCAUCUACAAUGAAGACAAUGGUAUCAUCAAGGCCUUCAGAAACAUCCCUGGAAUUACUUUACUUAAUGUGAGCAAACUGAACAUUUUGAAACUUGCUCCUGGUGGGCAUGUGGGACGUUUCUGCAUUUGGACUGAAAGUGCUUUCCGCAAGUUAGACGAUCUGUAUGGCACUUGGCGUAAGGCUGCCUCCCUCAAGAGUAACUACAACCUUCCCAUGCAUAAGAUGCUUAAUACAGAUCUUAGCAGAAUCUUGAAAAGUCCAGAGAUCCAAAGAGCCCUCCGAGCACCACGCAAGAAGAUUCAUCGCAGAGUUCUGAAGAAGAAUCCACUGAAGAACCUGAGAAUCAUGUUGAAGCUAAACCCAUAUGCAAAGACCAUGCGCCGGAAUACCAUUCUUCGCCAGGCCAAGAAUCACAAACUCCGAAUGGAUAAGGCAGCAGCAGCCUUAGAAGCCAAAUCAGAUGAGAAGGGGGUUCCAAGCAAGAAGCCUGUGGUAGGGAAGAAAGGAAAGAAGGCUAUUGGUAUGAAGAAGCAGAAGAAACCUGUGGUGGGGAAAAAGGCUGCAGCUACCAAGAAACCAGCAGCUGACAAGAAGCCUGCAGAAAAGAAACCCACUGCGGAGAAGCCUGCUGCCUAAAAACUUAGGUUUAUUCUAUAAAAGUCAAAUCAUUUUGGACAGCUAAUUUUGAAUAAAGACCUGAUCACAGCCAGUGAGAAACACGA